UGUGCGCGCGUGCGUGUGUGCGCGCGCCGGGCUGCAGGGGAACCACUCGCCCGUCCGGAGCUGCGAGGAGACGGAGCCGGAGGUUCUCCCGUCCGCAGCGACGCACCGUGCUUCUGGGACUCGGCACCCGAACCGUCCGGGGAGGAUCCAACAUGGCAACGACAACUUGUACGCGCUUCACGGACGAAUACCAGCUGUACGAGGAGCUUGGCAAGGGAGCGUUUUCAGUGGUGCGGCGCUGCAUCAAACUCUGCACAGGCCAAGAGUACGCCGCCAAAAUCAUCAACACCAAGAAGCUCUCAGCCAGAGAUCACCAGAAGCUGGAGAGAGAAGCUCGGAUCUGCAGGUUGCUCAAACAUCCCAACAUCGUCCGUCUCCAUGACAGCAUCUCAGAGGAGGGCUUCCACUACCUCCUCUUUGACCUGGUGACAGGAGGUGAGCUGUUCGAGGACAUUGUGGCUCGAGAGUAUUACAGCGAAGCAGACGCCAGUCAUUGCAUCCAGCAGAUCCUGGAGGCUGUGCUCCACUGCCAUCAGAUGGGGGUGGUACACAGAGACCUGAAGCCGGAGAACCUGCUGCUGGCCAGCAAGUGUAAGAACGCGGCGGUGAAGCUGGCCGACUUCGGCCUGGCCAUCGAGGUCCAGGGAGAGCAGCAGGCGUGGUUCGGUUUCGCAGGGACCCCCGGCUACUUGUCCCCGGAGGUGCUGAGGAAGGAGGCGUACGGUAAACCGGUGGACAUCUGGGCCUGCGGUGAGCUCUUCACACACCUCUCUGCCGCCGCCGCCGCCGCCUCCUCCUCACUCAGACCCUGUUUCUGUGUAGGCGUGAUCCUCUACAUCCUUCUCGUUGGAUACCCUCCGUUCUGGGACGAAGACCAGCACAAGCUCUACCAGCAGAUCAAAGCCGGCGCGUACGAUUUUCCCUCCCCAGAGUGGGACACGGUGACGCCAGAGGCUAAAAACCUCAUCAACCAGAUGCUGACCAUCAACCCAGCCAAGAGAAUCAGUGCCCAGGAGGCUCUGAAGCACCCGUGGGUCUGCCAACGCUCCACGGUGGCGUCCAUGAUGCACAGACAGGAGACGGUCGAGUGCCUGAAGAAGUUCAACGCCCGGAGGAAGCUGAAGGGGGCCAUCCUCACCACCAUGCUCGUCUCCAGGAACUUCUCUGUGGGCCGACAGACCACGGCCCCCGCGGCCGUCAGCACCGUGGCUGGAACCGCCGCCGGCAUCGUGGAGCAAGCAGCCAAGAGUCUCCUCAACAAGAAGGCUGACGUCAAGCCCCAGACAAACAGCACCAGAAACAGCAUAGUCACCAGCCCCAAAGGCAACGUCCCCUCAGCUGCACUGGAGCCUCAGACUACUGUUAUCCAUAACCCAGUAGAUGGGAUCAAGGAAUCAUCUGACAGCAGCAACACAACCAUCGAGGAUGAAGAUGUGAAAGCUCGUAAACAGGAGAUCAUAAAGAUCACAGAGCAGCUGAUCGAAGCUGUGAACAACGGAGACUUCGAGGCCUACGCGAAGAUCUGCGACCCUGGUCUGACCUCGUUCGAACCCGAGGGUCUGGGAAACCUGGUGGAGGGAAUGGACUUCCACCGCUUUUACUUUGACAACCUCCUGUCUAAGAACAGCAAACCCAUCCACACCACGAUCCUCAACCCUCACGUGCACAUCAUCGGAGACGAUGGCGCCUGCAUCGCCUACAUCCGCCUCACACAGUUUGUUGAUGCUCAGGGCCGUCCGCGCUCCAGCCAAUCGGAGGAGACCAGGGUAUGGCACCACAGGGACAGUCGUUGGCAAAACGUCCACUUUCACUGCUCGGGAGUUGCCGCGGCCCCGAUGCAGGGAUGAGGCCUGAGACACUGAUGAGGAAGGGCAACGUGUAAUGAGAGCUACAGCAUUGGCACUGAGAGAGGUGUGGGUGGGUGGAGGCCCGAUCUAAGCAGCCUUUUCAGACGUGGUUGCCCUGCAGCCUGCACGGCCACCUCGCUCCUCUCUCCGCUCUCUGCGCAGACGGCUCCACACGAACUGGUCUGGCUCCAAAAGGCUGCUGAGCUGUGGAUCCUCUGCCCACAUCUUGUUUUGCUCCUCUUAAUAUCUCUGUAAUACUACGGCGGUUUCUGUCAUUGUGCUCGUUCAGCUGUACAGUGCAUCUAUCAUUAAUAGUAACUAUGUUCUUCUUUUUCUGGCCAGCAUGACUCUUACAGUAGCGGCUUUGUGGUUUCCCUGCACGACUAAGGCUGCUUGUGUGAACCGCGAGAGACCACUGCGUGUGCGUGUUUAUCCCCAUGGAGCUUGAUACGAACUGAUGCCUCUGUGGGAGUGUGUAAACCCCACAUCGUGCUCGUUUAUUACUGUGGUUCCGACCUGAAACUCUAUGUACUGGACACCAAUUUGAAUAUGAUGCUGUUGUUUCAUCGUGGUGACUUAACUGCAUGAUUUGCUCUGAGUUGUGUUGUAGUGCAUUUUGUUGACCUCUCUCUCUUUUAUGACCUGAACUGCUAGUGAGCGCUCUUCUAUCACUUCUAUUUCUACUUGCUUUUCUCUACUUCGUGUUCCUAUAUGAAGAUGCUGGUGUGGCUCAUGACACAAUAUGCCUAAAUGUCUAAAAACUAACUGUUGGUUCUGGUUCUGACUUGUUACUGUUUCGUGACUAACCCUCUUAUUGACUUACUGUUCACUAAGUACUCAGCACACAAAAUAAAGCGUCACAUUGUUUUUGA